GACGUUUCCAUGGCAAAGGUGGACAUGAGUAGAGAAGGGGCAGAUGGUGAAGGGGCACUUAGUUCAAACGCAAUGACGAGUAGCCCAUCUGUUCCAUCUUCACACACACACACAUGGCAUCCCGCAAAGCUCCAGAACCCUGCGUCUCGGCGGCUCGGGCUAUAUACAGCACCACGCCCCUGUCUGAGCUUUGCUACACUCCACCAGAGGCGUCGUCAUGGCCACACGAAUAGACGAUCGGCUACGGACAGCACAGGGACGAUUUGCCCACGCGACAAGGCCUUGGUGGGCGGCGGCAUUGGACACGGCCUUCGUACCUACGCCUCUCCCAAGCCGCCGACGCUGCCGACACGCAAUGCAAAGGCCCGUUAG